AUGAAGAUAAAACACCUCGAAAGACACACAGUAAGAAGCAUUCAGAGUGAAGAUGGCGAUAUUAUAGAUUGCAUUGACAUCCACAAGCAGCCUGCUUUUGAUCAUCCUGCUUUAAGGAAUCACACCAUCCAGAUGACACCCAGUUACGAUCCAAUUAUGGAGGAAACAACAACAAAAACAUAUAGUUUGAAAAAUGAAGACUCAAAGAGUUUGACGUCACAAGUAUGGCAGAAAAGUGGAAGCUGUCCUAAGGGAACGAUUCCAGUCAGAAGAUCACCGCAAAAAGUAUUGCUUAAAACAAAUUCACUUGAAGAUUAUGGAAGGAAGAAGCCUGGUGCUUCCCCUUCGCUUACGCAUCUCAAUAAAGACAUCAGCUCAAACCUUCAGCAGAGUAAUCGCUCGAUGGCUAUACUGCUCACUGAAGGUUAUAGUUAUUCAGGGGUCAAGGGAGACAUAAAAGUUUGGAAUCCUCAUGUUGAAUCUGAUGAUGAGUACAGUACUUCUCAAGUUAGUCUGAAAAGUGGUCCUUACUAUGAUUUUGAGAGUGUCGAAGCUGGAUGGGCGGUAAAUCCAAGUGUUUAUGGAGACAGAAAAACUCGAUUGUUUGUGUAUUGGACUGCUGAUGCGUCAAAGAAAACAGGUUGCUUUGAUCUUACAUGUCCUGGUUUCGUUCAAACAAGCAGUGAAAUUGCUCUUGGUGGAGCGAUAUAUCCUCUUUCAGUCCCUUCUGGUCUCCCAUACCAAAUAACCCUUUUUAUCUCUAAGGAUCCAAGCACAGGCAACUGGUGGGUGCAGUACGGAGAGAAAUAUAACUUGGGUUACUGGCCACCAGACUUGUUUACUUCGCUGCGUGGUAAUGCAGAAACUGCUGAGUGGGGAGGGGAAGUGUACAGCUCAAAAUUGGAGCAUCCCCCUCAUACUAAGACAGCUAUGGGCAAUGGGCAAUUUCCUGAUUAUAUAUCAGGCAAUUCCGGUUGUAUCAAGAGAAUGCGAAUUCGUGAAAAUUCUCUAGUCCUCAAGUUCCCAGAGUGGGUCUCCACUUACUUGGACGAGUACAGGUGCUAUGGUGCUGAGUAUAUUGGUGAUUACAUAGCAGAUCCUGAGUUCUACUAUGGAGGGCCGGGCCAAAAUCUCUUGUGCCCUUGA